CAAACUCCCAAGCUAUUCUUCACCUCGCCAUCUCUCUAAACUCUAAAGCUAGCCUUGUUCUGUUUCUUCAGUAGUUAAUUGUGAAGUAGAAAAAGAUGAAGGUAACAUACACUUCAGUUCUGGUCAUGGCCAUGCUUUCGCUGCUUUUGAGCAGUCAAGUACUGGUUUCGACGGCAGUAACUUGUAGCCCUGUUCAGCUAGCAUCAUGCGCAGGGGCCAUGAUGUCAUCUAGUACUCCACCGUCGAGUGAUUGUUGCGCUAGCUUAAGGGAGCAGAAACCAUGUCUCUGUGGGUAUUUGAGAGAUCCUAGCCUCCGAGGAUAUGUUAAUAGCCCCAACAGUAGGAAGGUAGCUAACACAUGUAACGUACCUCUUCCUAGUUGCUGAAAAAUUGGUACCGGAAAGGAUACUGAAGUUGCGGAGCAUGAUGGCCGGAGAUCCGUACCAUAACAUUAAAGAUCUUUAUAUAUGUAUUUCGUAUUUCGGGUUUCUACUAUGGAUGAUGCCUGAUAAUACUAUGUUGCUGUCUUUCAAUAUCUAAUGAUCUUCUGUGGAUCAUAAUCCUAUAUGGGUUAUUAAAUAAACUUUGUCAACUUCGUUAAUUACUCUCGGAUUCUAAAAAAGACGGGUUGUUUUAAA